CUUAUCAACAAACAGUAUGGCGGCUGCUUCACGGAACAAGACAUGUUUGGUAAUUGGAGGGUGUGGUUUCCUUGGCCGCCAUCUCUGUGAUGAGCUCCUUAAGCGUGGCUAUUCUUGUCGUGUAUUUGAUGUAAGGAAAACCUUUGAUGAUGACAGAAUCAAAUUCUUCACAGGAGAUCUAUGUAACGAACAAGAUUUGCAACCAGCUUUGAAGGGUGUCAGCUGUGUGUUCCAUUGUGCCUCUCCAGCGCCCUCUAGUGACAACAAGGCCCUCUUCUACAAAGUCAACUUUCAGGGAACGAAAGUUGUCAUAGCAACUUGCAAGAAAGAGGGUGUGAAGCGCCUGGUGUUAACAAGCAGUGCCAGUGUGGUGUAUGAGGGAAAGGAUAUAAAGAAUGGUCGAGAAGAUCUUCCGUAUGCUGCCAAACCCAUUGACUACUACACAGAAACCAAAAUAUUGCAGGAAAAGGAAGUUCUCCAGGCCAAUGGUGCUGACCUCUACACAGUCGCUAUCCGACCUCAUGGGAUAUUCGGACCCCGUGAUCUUCAACUUGUGCCUACAACAGUUGACAUGGCGAGGAGGGGAAAGUCAAAGUUCAUCAUCGGGGAUGGCAAGAAUGUUGUUGACUUCACCUACGUAGGAAACGUGGUUCAUGGCCACAUUCUGGCAGCGGAGAGUCUGAAGGAAGGGUCCGCAGUGUGUGGGAAGGCGUACCAUAUAACAAAUGAUGAGCCUAUCUUCUUCUGGACCUUCUUGACGAGGAUUCUGACGGGACUGGGUUACGAUGCUCCGAAGUACAACAUCCCCUUCAUGCUUGUGUACCUCAUCGCUUUGGUGCUCCAGUUCUUCUGCCAACUCCUCAAGCCUGUCCUGGAGAUCAAGCCCACCUUCACUCCGAUGAGAGUGUCACUGGCAGGAACACAUCAUUUCUACAGCUGUGAUCGGGCCAAAACGGACAUGGCGUACAAGCCAGUUGUCUCCCUUGAUGAAGGGAUCAAACUCACAGUUGAUGGUUAUCCUCAUUUGAGAAAAAAUGCUGGGAAGUCAUGAUAGUUUGUUAAAUAUAUUUUACUUUUUUUUGUGGAUUUAUUUAUCAACAUGGCAAGAAACGGGAGGUAAAAUAACAAAUAGACAAAAUGUCAGGGUUGAUUAAGAGAUUAGAAAAUAAAUAUUUCCAUAAAAAACAUAAAUAAAUAAAACAAUUUGUUUUGAAAAGUCUAAUUACAAUCAAACAGUGGAUUAUUAAUUAAAUAAUUACAUGCAAAAAUUGUGGGUGAAAUGAAAAUACAUAAAUUGUUCUGUCUUGAAAUUUGAAAUACAUUUUUUUCUAUUAGACUAAGUAUGGUUAGAAGGUGCAAUGUCACCUUUCAGUUGUCUCCCCUGACUGAGAACACAUGACAGAUUGAAAUGUAAUUAUUUCAUAAUUAAGUUCAACUGAUUAAAACAACACAAUUUUGAAUCUUACAUCAAAUACAUGUGACUAUAUAAAUGUUGUGACAAAUGAGAAUAGAAAGAAUUUAAUUUUUAGCUCACCAGACUGAAAAAUUCACAUGCUUACUCCCACCAAUGAUGAACCUGAAUUUGUUCAAAAGUUUCAAAUCCAAAUAUCAAUAUGGCCUCCACAGCAGCCAUAUUGAAAUUUUUCCUUAUAGGACUAUCUCAGUGAUAUUUGUUCAAAAUGUAAUAAACCUUGGUACACAUGUAGUCACUAGUGAGCUCACAUUUCACUUCCACCAUACUGAAAGCUGGGCAUUCUUUUGUUUUUCUUCUUCUAUGGUCCCACCUAAAAUGACACUUGAAUCUGUUGAAGAGGUUGAAAUCCAAUUUUGAUAUGGCCACCAUAUGACUGGUACAUGUUAAGUUAGUAGUGGGGAAGAUAUAUGUUCAGUUUUUUGCAAUACAAAUAGUUUAAUUCGGCCCCAAACAUCAGUAAACAUUCCAUAAUAUUUAACUAAUGUUAUGGUUUUGUAGAGUGUAUUUCACUGAUAACAGGACCAGUACUGGUAUAUACUUAUGUACUUAGUAUUAUGUCAUUCAUUGAAUGCAAUCUUAAAACUCUGGCUUUUUUCAAUAAUACCAAUUUUUAACAAAAUAAUUAUUUUUUCUCCCCCUUAGUUUGAAGUCCUGUAUAAAUUCCUGCGGUAUGAACAGGAGUUUGUCUAUUGGUCUGUCCAUAGAUAGGAAAACAUUUGUGUUGAUAAGAUUUGAAUUUAUUAAUAUGGAAUAUGACUUUAUUAAGGUUAUAUUGUUGAUAUUAUACAAAACAUGAAUUUUAUAGGAGAUUUGUAUGUAUACCUCAAUUUAUGUUUCAAAUAUACAUGUGUAUGUAAUAAAGAAGUGUUUGUUCAUAUCUCAGUGUUCAUAUUCAGGCCGAUGUAAAAAGGGAGGUAACUCUUGUCAGUAUAUUAGGGCUGGCUAAAAAAUAUUGAUAAUCGGAAUUAUGGUCAAUGGGAAGAAAUAUUAAUGAUUAUCAAUAUGAAAUUUGUGUCAUUGAUAAUAUCUUAUACAAACUAUUCUGAUGACAUAAAGUUUUAAUUUACUGAA